UUAUAUAGCUACUAGAAUUCAACAAAAACAAAACCAAACCUCUAUCACAAAUGAAAGCAAGUGUAAUGAUCACAACUUUACUUCUAGCUCUUCUUUUCUUCACACAACAAACUCUUGUUGAAUCAAAAAUCUCAAAUCACUCUCACCACCAAAAUGAACAAGAGUUAACAUUUUAUAGAGCAAGAAGAAACUUUGGAAGAAAAUGGAUACCAAAUUGUGAUCCAUUCUACCUUUUUCUAUUUGAUUGUUGUGGCUAUUGGCCUUUCCCUACUUUUACUUCCCCUGAUAACCCAUUUGAUCAACCACCUCCACCUUGUUGUCCACUACCUCCUUCACCACCUCCACCUUGUCCACCACCUCCGCCACCUCCUUGUCCUUCACCUCCACCACCACCUUGCUGUCCAUUACCACCAUUACCACCUCUUCCACCAUGUUGUCCAUUUCUACCAAUCCCAAUCCCACCAUCACCCCCUCCACCACCAUUAGUCCCGUCUCCGCCGCCUCCACUUCCCGACCUCCCACCACUUGUUAUUCCUCCUCCCUUAUCAGAAUUACCUCCUUCCUUUUCCAACACAAAUCCACCAGACCUUACUAUUCCACCGCCACUUGUCCCUAUAACGACACCACAAGAUCCAUCUCCAUUUUCAUCACCACCAGCCACUUUGCUUCCUCCUCCCAUGGUUCCAGAAGUUCCACAAGAAUCACCUCCAUCUUUCACCAUGCCAAACCCAACACCAGAUACUAAUCCACAGGAGCCACCGGUUUUGGUUACACCAACACCAGAUGUUUCUCUUCCUUCUCCAGAGACUCCACAAGAGCCACCUAUUUCCACUAUGCCAGAUCCAACGCCGGAAAUUCCGCAGGAACCACCGGUUUCCGCCACGCCAACACCAGAUGUUGAUGUUUUCAUGGCGCCACCGGUGGAUUCUGAAUUUCCAGGUGUCCCACAAGAUCCUGUUCCUGAUCCUGAUCCAUCGCCUCCAUGAACGAACUAAUAUUUAUUUCUCUGAGAACUUAGCUAACACUUCUUCUACGGAAAGAAUGAAGUUUAUGUUAGUUUUGUUUGUUGGUAUUUUGUUUGGUUUUCUGUUAAUAAGUGAAAAAGUCUCUUGACAAUGACAUAUCCUUUAUGCAUGGUUGGUUUUAGAGAAAAAGAAUGUUUAUGAUUUUAAAUUUA